UCCCCCGGGCCGGCCAUGGCGCUGGCGGCUCUGGGCCCCUCUGCGGCCGGGCCGGGCUCCGGGCCGGGGGCGCCGCCGCUCUGGUACCACAAGGACCUGAGCCGGGCGGCGGCCGAGGAGCUGCUGGCGCGGGCCGGGCGGGACGGCAGCUUCCUGGUGCGAGACAGCGAGAGCGUGGCCGGAGCCUUCGCCCUCUGCGUGCUGUUCCAGAAACAUGUCCACACCUAUCGGAUUUUGCCUGAUGAAGAGGAGUUUUUGGCCGUCCAGACGUCCCAGGGAGUCCCGGUGCGACGUUUCAAGACGCUGAGCGAGCUGAUUGCCCUUUACCUGCAGCCCAACCAGGGCCUGGCCUGCACUCUGCUCUUCCCUGUGGAACGGGAGAAGGAGAAAGAGAAUGCGGAGGAGAGGGACUACUCCGAUGGGGAGGACGACAAGCCCCCCUUGCCCCCCCGCUCGGGCUCCACCAGCAUUCCUGGGGGCAGCAGCACCUCCAUCUUGAUGACAAACACCCCUGCAGUGCAGGACAGAGCCCUCGAAAGCCCCACCAAUGGACUCAGCACCAUUUCCCACGAAUACCUGAAAGGCAGCUACUCCCUGGACUUGGAGGCCGUGAAGGGAGGGGCCAGCAACCUGCCCCACCUCAACAAAACGCUCGUCACGUCCUGCAGGCGCCUGCACAGUGAGGUGGACAAAGUCUUAGCAGGCCUGGAGAUCUUGUCCAAGGUGUUUGACCAGCAAAGCUCCCCGAUGGUGUCUCGGAUCCUGCAGCAGACUGCCGGGCAGACAGGAGAGCAGGAGUUGGACAGUUUGGUCCUGAAGCUGUCCAUCUUGAAGGACUUCCUCUCCAAUAUUGAGAAGAAGGCCCUCAAAGCUCUCCAAGACAUGAGCUCCACCGCCCAGCCUGGACAGGCUCAGCCAUGUUUCCGCAAAGUGAAGAGUAUCCCGGUUCAGACAUUCGAGGUGAAGCUGGACCUGACCUUGGGGGAUCUGACCAAAAUCGGGAAGUCGCAAAAGUACACCUUAAGUGUGGACGUGGAAGGGGGGAAGUUGGUGGUCCUAAAGAAGCAGAAGGACUCCCAGGAGGACUGGAACACCUUCACCCACGAGAAGAUCCGUCAGCUGAUCAAAUCCCAGCGGGUGCAGAAUAAACUGGGGAUCGUCUUUGAGAAAGAGAAGGACAAGACUCAGCGGAAGGACUUCGUCUUCGUCAGUGCCAGGAAGCGAGAGGCCUUCUGCCAGCUGCUGCAGCUGAUGAAGAACUGGCACUCCAGCCAGGAUGAGCCGGACAUGAUCUCCGUCUUCAUUGGCACCUGGAACAUGGGCAGCGUCCCCCCAUCCAAGAACAUCGCCUCCUGGUUUGCCUCGAAGGGGCUGGGCAAGACCCUGGACGAGAUGACCGUCUCCAUCCCCCACGACAUCUACGUCUUCGGCACCCAGGAGAACUCCAUGGGGGACAAGGAGUGGGUGGACGUCACACGCAGCGCCCUCAAGGACUUCACGGAGAUCGAGUACCGGCUGAUCGCCAUGCAGUCCCUCUGGAACAUCAAAAUAGCCGUCCUGGUGAAGCCGGAGCACGAGAAUCGGAUCAGCCACAUUGGCACUUCCAGCGUCAAAACCGGCAUCGCCAACACUCUGGGCAACAAGGGGGCCGUGGGGGUCUCCUUCAUGUUCAACGGCACCUCCUUCGGCUUCGUCAACUGCCACCUCACCUCCGGCAGCGAGAAGACCGCCAGGAGAAACCAGAAUUACCUGGACAUCCUGCGUCUUCUGGCCCUGGGUGACAAGCAGCUGAGCUCCUUCGAUAUCUCCCUCCGCUUCACCCACCUCUUCUGGUUCGGGGACCUCAACUACCGCCUGGACAUGGACAUCCAGGAAAUCCUCAACUACAUCAACCGCAAGGAGUUUGAGCCUCUCCUCAAAGUGGACCAGCUCAACCUGGAGAAGGAGAAACACAAGAUCUUCCUGAGAUUCAGUGAGGAGGAAGUCACCUUCCCUCCCACCUACCGCUACGAGAGGGGCUCCCGGGACACCUACGUGUGGCAUAAACAGAAGCCCACAGGGGUCAGGACCAAUGUCCCUUCUUGGUGUGACCGCAUCCUCUGGAAGUCCUACCCAGAGACACACAUCAACAGCACCUCCUAUGGCUGUACGGAUGAUAUCAUGAGCAGCGACCACUCUCCGGUCUUCGCAGCCUUUGAAGUUGGAGUCACGUCCCAGUUCGUUUCCAAAAAAGGACUCUCCAAGUCCUCAGACCAGGCCUACAUAGAGUUUGAGAGCAUCGAAGCCAUUGUGAAGACAGCCAGCCGGACAAAAUUCUUCAUUGAAUUCUACUCCACCUGUCUGGAAGAAUUCAAAAAGAGCUUUGAGAACGAUUCCCAGAGCAGUGACAACAUCAAUUUCUUGAAGGUCCAGUGGUCCUCCAGACAACUGCCCACGCUCAAGCCGAUCCUCUCGGACAUCGAAUACUUGCAAGACCAGCACAUCUUGUUGACCGUCAAGUCUCUGGAUGGCUACGAGUCCUAUGGAGAGUGCGUCAUCGCCCUCAAAUCCAUGAUCGGAAGCACGGCGCAGCAGUUCCUCACCUACCUCUCCCACCGGGGGGAGGAGACCGGCAACAUUCGGGGGUCCAUGAGGGUUCGGGUCCCAGCAGAACGGAUGGGGACUCGUGAGAGGCUGUAUGAAUGGAUCAGCGUCGACAAAGAUGAGACCGGAGCUGCUAAGGGGAAGCUGCCCCUUCCGGCAUCACGGACCAACCUGGAGCACACCAAAUCCGUCGGGCGCAAACAUUCUUUAGGGGAAGGUCCCACCUGUCCCGUUGGGAAGCUCUCAGACGAACAGGAGAAGCCCAGCGUCCUGACAACCAGCCGCCCACCUGCUCCACAUCGUGGUACCUCCAAGGAGGAGGCCUCCCAGCAGGGCAGGCCGAAGCAGGAGGUGGCCAUGGACCCCGAGGGCCCCCCACUGAAGAACAGCUUCAACAACCCUGCCUAUUAUGUGCUGGAGGGGGUCCCCCACCAGCUCCUCCUCCCAGAGUUGUCACCGGCGACCUCGGCCAAGCCCCCCGCCCCCCGGAACAAGGUCCAGAUCACAGUGCCCAUCCAGCCGGAGUCCUGGCGGUCCUCACAGCAGCCGGCCUCCCAACGGGCUGAGGAGAACGCUGAAGAGGAAGAGCCGGGGGUCCUCAACCUGCCUCCCCCAGACUUCCCGCCCCCUCCCUUACCCAAAUCGGUGGCCUUGGAGAUGGCGGAAGGGGCCCUUUACAACCCAGUUGUGGGCGUCAGAGGAGAGGAUCACGUGGCCGGCAAGCCACGUGCCACCGUGGUCUUCAGCGAGCCCCUCAAGACCAAGCCCCCCAAACUGCAUCCCAGGCCGGCCUCGUCCCUGGGGUCGGGGUACCUGCUGGACACUCCCACCGGACCCCAGGGCAUCCUGGACGACCGUUCUUGCUCCGUGCUUCAGAUGGCCAAGACCCUCAGCGAGGUGGAGUACUCCAGCGGAGGCGGCCUGGGGAGGGAGCAAACGGGCCGGCCCCCCUCCCACCCCCUGAGCAAAGUCAGGCUGGAUCUGGCCCACCGCUGCCUGCCGCCCGAGUACAGCCGCCCCGGGGGCUUCCCUGCCCGCUCCAUCCGGGAGAGCAUCCAAGAAGCGGAAGAGACCCUGACCCAGGAGGGCCAGAGUGGUGGCUCCAGGCGCAGUGAGUCCAGCGUGGGGGAAUGGCUGAGGGCCAUCGGCAUGGAGCGAUACGAGGAAGGGCUCAUCCACAACGGAUGGGACGACCUGGAGUUCCUCAGUGACAUCACCGAAGAGGACCUGGAAGAGGCUGGGGUGAUGGAUGCCAGCCACAAGCAGCUCCUCCUGGAGAAGCUCAAGAAAUAGCCAGGACUUCUGGGGGCAACGUUGGCCCGCAUGCCAGAUGUGCCUUCUCCUUCAGAUUUCACCCCCUCCCCCCUUACAGCUGCCCACCGAGGGUCCGUCUGCCUCCUUUUCCGGCCAUCUCCCCCUGGAGGGGAGGAUCGAAGCUCACCUGUGGCCUGCAGCCCCCAUUUCCGGAUGGGGCCGGAACAUCUUUGCUCCUGGAGACCCUGGGGGUGGGGUGGGGGGUCUGAGCAGCUGGAAGGCGACAUGGCCUCGGCCUGUAUGUGGGUUGAGGCUGCCCUGGGUUAAGUUAUUCUUAUUUAUUGCCACACAAGAAGGACCCCCGUGUUUCCCCCCUUUUCCUCACAGAGAACCACAUUCCCCCUCCAGGUCCCCUGACUCCUGGGAGGGGGGAUUCCCAGGAGAAGAUCCCCCCCCCCCGAACUGCUGAUGGGGAAACCUGUGGCUUCCAGGCCUGAGAUGCCAGUGGACAUGUCACCAGCCAACACCCCCCCUCCCCUCAAUUCAGAGAUCGGAGGCAGCUGGAGUAAAUUCCUUAACAAUUUCACAGGGUGGGGAGGGAAUUUGGAGACGGAGCCAGAAGGAUGUUCCAGAGUCCGUUUGUCCCCCUCCCCAAGACAGGACUCACGGGAGGUGAAUUGUCACGUCCCACCCUUGGCCUCGUGGUGCUGGCGAUGGCCGGCUUUUCUUCUGCCACCCACUUACCGUGUGGGUCUUCCCUUGUCCCAUCAUUUCACAAUUUCCUGGAAACUUUUACGAAGCUUUUCAAGGUCCAGCCAGAAAUCCAUUUUUGGUAUCUUGCCUUGGGAGCAUUUUAAGCCUUAAACCAGGGGUGUCCACCUUUGGCCACUUGAAGACUUGUGGACAACCAGACUGGGGAAUUCUGGGAGUUGAAGUCCACAAGUCUUCAAGCGGCCAAGGUCGGACACCCCUGCCUUAAACCAACAUACAUCUCCUCCUCACUCGAGGGUUUUAACCGUCCCGUGGACGACAAUCUCCAAAUUAAACUCAGGUAGCCUCCAGGAAAGAAGGCCCCCUCUUGAGAGGCAGUGCCAGUUCUGGUAGAAUGCUCUUGGACAACCGGAGAGAUCAAGCUACUGAAGCCCUGGACCACCACCUCCGCGAGGUCUUCCUGCCUGCCUGCUAGAAGCUGCCGGUUCUCCAGAGGAGCCCAUCAUGAAGAAGUCUGGCUCAACGGGGGAUGGACCAUUUGCUGACCAAGAGGACCGUGUUGUCCAAGCUGUAGAGCUGGGAUCUUGGCAAGGACUGACUCUUGACUAGGUGGACCUAGUUGGGAUGUUCAGUGCUGGAGGAGGACAGUAGAGUCCUGUCGUGCUUUGCUGGAGGUCCACCAGCGUUGAGGUUCUCCUGACCACCUCGUUCCUUCAAGUCCUUUCAUCCAGCAGAUGCCACAUCAGGCCAGCCUCUUUUCAUCUUGACUCGGGAGCGACCUGGGGGCCAGGGGCUGCUCUCCUUACCUGUGCAAACCAUGGUGCCUGCAGAGCCUGUUUCGAUUCGGGCCAAGGCAGCAAAAGGCUGGAACCCAGGCCAUCGCCUUGCUUCUGCUCUCCUUUCCCUCUGGGGAGGGGGAUUUCCCCCUUGCUCCGUGCCUUAUUUUACACUAGGAAGAUGUGGGGGAGGCGGAGAGACAGGGGCUCCCCCCCACCCCCGUUGCAAGAAAUUUCAAGUGAAAUCUAACCCAGUGGGGCCUUGUUGAGGGGUUUCAACACAGCUCAGAUCCCAGUUAGUGACUGACAGUCUCUUCCUGCAUCUCGUAAACCUUGUGGACAAGUGUUGAAAUUGUCCUUGUGGCAGUUUGAUUGGCACAACUGGGAUCUCUCAACUGUGGUGGCUAGAAGAUGGGAGGGGGGGGACUUCAAUUCCCAGAAUUCCCAAAUCAGCACAGCUUCCUCCCUCCCUCUUCUUCCUUCCCUCCCUCCUUCAUUCACUCACAUCUUUUUCCUUCCCUUCUUCCUUCCUCCUUCCAUCUCUCUUGUCUCUUCCCCCUUCCCUUCUUUCUAUCCCUCCCUUCUCCCCCCUUUCUUCUUUCCCUCCCUCUUUCUUUUCUACCUUCCCUUCCUCCCCUCUUUCCCUGCUUCCCUGUCUCACUUCUUCCUUCUCUCUCUCCCUCUUCUUUCUUCCUUUCCUCCCUUCCCUCUUUCCCUGUCUCCCCCACUCACUUCUUUCUUCCUUCUCUCUCUCCCUCACUCCCUCUUUCUUUUCUUCUUCCCUCCUCUUUCCUCCCUCCCUCCCUCCUUCUUGCCCAUAGCUGGCUGGGGAAUUCUGGGAGUUGAAGUCCACCCCUCUUCAAAGUUGAGAAACCAUGAGCAUAACCAUGGUUGGAUGACGUGAGAAGACACUUGAGGUCCCUUCAUGGAGAUGCUGCUGAGAACCUCCGUAAUUUCCAGCUCACGGACAUGGGAUCUGGGGAAGCUGGGAGUUGUAGUCCUCCCCAGGAACGGAGGAGGACUCUGGGUCGGGCUUCCAGGAUGACUGCCCCCACCUCUGCCAAGAGCAGUUCUCCGAGACAGAAAUGAAGGAUAUUCCGUGUUUGUCGUUCCUUUAUUUGGUUCCUUUGCCACUUGGGGGAGAAGUCAAUGAUUUUGUGCUGCCUUUCAUCUUUUUUUCUCUUCAGUUAUUACUAAUGUUUGGUGUGAGUUUAACCUUACCUAAUUCUACUCUGUUGUGUUGUGUGUGCAUGUGUGCUUUUUAAAUGUUUAAUUUAAUUUCUAUUUUGAAACUCUCUUUAUGCUUAAUAUCUUAGGGGCAGAAGAAACGGCUGCAACGUUCUUCCGGUCCUGUUCACAUUUCAUGCCUUAGAAGAUCAGAGGUGGGGAACAACGAUGGGCCUUUCACGACUGGUGGACUUCAAGUCCCAGAAUUCCUGAGCCAGGGUAGCUCAGGAAUUCUGGGAGUUGAAGUCGACAAGUCAUAAAAGGCCCAUCGUUGUUCCCCACUCCUGCCUUAGAUUGAUACGUCAUGAUACAAUAAAAGGGCUUGUUUGCGUA